AUGAUCCCGAAGAUUCACUGCCCGAGAUCUACGAUCACCAAUUUUUUGGUGAUCUCUUUAUUUUUAAAUUUUGUUUCGUUUUAUGUUUACCGUGAGACGCUACUUCAAGUCAACGGCCAACACAACCACCAAGCUCGUUCAGUCCCAACGGCGGUUGUCGAAAUGGAUUCGCCAACUUUCAAGGGAAUGUCCAAUUCAAAGGAUAGUCAAGGAAAAAUCAACCCGAAAAUAAUAGAAACAGACGAGGCGCAACCUCAGAAUUCAAAAAGAAAAGCUUAUUUACUCGUGACGAUGUACAGAAGCGGCAGUACGUUGACAGGAGAAAUGUUCAACAGAAAUCCGGACUUUUUGUACUACUUUGAGCCACUUGCAAUUUUUGGAAACAACAAUGCUCCACUUCAAAAGAUCAAGAUGUUGAACGAUACUUUUCACUGUCAUGCGCCAAAUGCUGAGAAUUUCAAGAAAUAUGCAAACCCAAAAGAAUCCACGACAAAAAAUUGCCUGAACGAGGGAGUCUGCAUGUACCAACUCUCAACUCGUUUCUGCAAGCCUCCAUUUUGCUGGAACCCUGAAGCUCCGGCGACUCAGUGCAAGAAGCAAUGCUCCCCACCCGGCUCAGAUCGCGCAAAACUUGAUCACAUGGAGCGAAUCUGCAAAGAAGAAGUGGAUACAGUGGCAAUCAAGACGAUCCGAUUCUUGGAUUUGAAGCGGCUUCAUCCUUUUUACGCAGAUAGCUAUCCGAUUGAUUUCAAAGCAGUCUUUCUUGUUCGUGAUCCUCGGAGCAUGUAUCACUCCAGAAAGAAAAUUCACCUUGAACUAUUGCACGGAAAAGCGAAUGAAAUGGGCGGAUUCAUGAAGAUGCUAGAGCAAGAAUGCGACCUCGUCGCGCAGAACUUAGAGCUCUUGAGCAAUACAAGGACUUUGGAAUCAAGGAAGACCUUCUCUCUUCGAUACGAGGAUAUCGCUCGGGACCCGAUUAAAUAUUCCAAAGCAAUCUACAACUUCCUUGGCGAAGAAUUCAACGACGAAGUCAGCGGAUUCUUACACGAUGCAAUCGCUCCGCCAAAGAAUAAGCUCGACAAAUCAAAAGCUACUUACACAACUAGCCGAGCUAUCAACGAAACAACCAUCUUGAACGGUUGGAGAUUGGAUAAAAUGGUCAACCCGUCGGAACUAAACCAAAUUCAAGAGAAAUGCGCGAAAAUGAUGAAACUUGCCGGAUACUUACCUAUAAAGCCCGAUCAAAAGAGAGAUUUAACAAUUGAAUCCGUUGAUAUAAAGAGCAAAUACGGAAAUCUGUAG